AUGGCCAAAUGUAUGUUACGGUGUUAUAACAGUACCAACAAAUUGCCAAUAAAUUACUGGAUAACAUCUAUAAAAAGCAAGUCGUAAAUGAAUGUUUUAAAAACCAUGAAAAUGAAUACCAACAUUUUAGUGGUUGUGCUUCUAGCAUAUUUUUUGGAUUAUUUAUCAGCGGCCAUCUUUAAACCAGUUAAAUCUACAUCUUUGAAUGGGAAAAAUACUCCAGCUCAAUACAACACUUUAGUUUUCAACCAACCUAUUAAAAGUCAUCAUCCUGUUUUUGGGAAUUUCAAAGUAAAUCCUACAGUUCCUUAUAAUGUUCCUGCUCCACCGUCACCUCCAGUUUCUCCAGCGCUUCCAAAACCUCCAACACCUCCUUUAGCACAUACAUUUCUACCAAGUAUAAAACCACUUCCACCAUCAAGAGCUUCUACUCCAACUACAGUACCAACAAAUGAAAAUGACAAUCAACAAGGAUUUGAGUCAGUCGAAGAAGGAGAUGAUUAUUAUUAUGAAGAAGUAGAAGAAGAAGAAGAAGAAGAAGAAGAAGACGACGAAGAAGAGGAAGGAGGAGAUGAAGAACAUUUGGAAAAUAGUAACACUGUGAAAAUUCCAACUCAAAGUAAACCAACAAUCUCCACAAAAGUUAAUAAUAGUUCAAACAAAUUCCAGGCAAGUCAACCUAAGCUAAGUUCUUCAACUUCUACUAAACCCAUUGUACCAGAAAGUGUGAAACAGGAAAAUGGCAAUCAACAAGGAUUCGAAACACUUGAAGAUGAUUAUGAAGAAGAAGUAGAAGAAGAAAUAGAAGAUGAAGAACCUUUGGAAAAUAGUAAAAUUGUGACAAGUCAACCUAUGCAAAGUUCUUCAAUUUCUAAACCCACAGUACCAGAAAAUGUGAAUCAAGAAAAUGACAAUCCUCAAGGAUUCGAAACACUUGAAGGAGAUGAUUAUGAAGAAGUGUCAGAAAAUGAAGAUGGUCACAAUGUUGAAGAAUAUUCAGAGGACCCAGAUCAAAAUACCCCAACAGAUAACAUAACAAUUAAUGGAGUUCAAGUAAAUCUACCUGUACCAACAAAUAAUCCAACUGUCCCACAAUUUUCGGAAGAUGAAUUGACAGAAAAUAAUUACAAUGAAUCUGAAUAUUCCCUCAAUACCAAUGAAGACCAUCAAUCAUUUCAAAAUACUGAUGAGUGGGAACCAAAGUCUUCUAAUAUUAACAAUAAUCCCACUGAAAUUUCUGAAACUUUAGCCAGAAACAAUGAUAAUAUCAAAGCUCAAUUAAUCAACACAAAUGAAUUUGAAACAAACCCAUAUGAUAAUAAACAGAUAUCUACUGAUAAACAAGAAGAAAUUUCUAAAUACCAAUUUGAAAAUCAAUAUGUGUCAGAAAAUAAAGAACGAAUUAUCAAUGGGUAUAAAGCUAUGAAGAAAAUAUUAUAUAUGUUAAAUGACUAUGCAAGCUCGACAUUAAAUUGGAUCAUAAACAAAAUAAAUUACCGAAUGGAACAAGUCUCAAGAUAGGUAAACAGUCAAAAUAUUAUCAAAUUAAUAUUAAAAUAUUCAGUUAAAAAGGGGAUAAGUAACAAGUAAGACAACAAUAGGAAAACAAUCAACAUCAAUUAAUUUUAGAAUAUACUGAUAAAUAUAAAAUUUAUUAUAACCAACAUACAUGUAAAAGUUAUAUAAUAACUAAUAAAUAAAGUUUAUCAAUGCAAUUAAAUUAAAAAUAGAUUUUUUAGUGAUAUAAGAAGUAUAACAAAGAUUGUUAAAUUUAUGUUAUUCUAAUAUUUAUUCUAUAAAUUGUUCUAAUAUCCUAUCUGCUUCACGCCAACCAGUUUCAAUUGCUCCGUGUACAGUCGAAAAGUAAGAACUAUGUGUUGCUUCACCACCAAACAGCAAAAUCUAAAAAAAAUAAUCAAUAAUAUGAACUAUUUUAAAACAAUAAUAUUUUAUGGAUUACAUACAUUUUUUCCAUUCGAAUUUAUUAAAGGUUUUGCUAAUUGA